UACGGAGUCUUUAAGCCUAAGGUUUGUAAGAUUUGGAUGAGAGUCGUGAUCUGAAUUGAAUUAUUCUUGUCCCAGUUGAAACGAUAUGGGUACCUUCAUGGCAAUUGAAAGGAGCUGGUGCUUAUGUGAUUAAUCAAUUAAAAACUGUAUCCUACUCAGUAGCGGAGUAUGUGCACAUAGGCUUGAUGCAAUCAAAAUUCAGAGAAUAAAAUUUUAAUCGUCAAAGUACGAUUUGAUGUGUCGAAACAAUACUCUGAAAGCUCGCGGUAUACACAACUCUAACUCUUAAUUAUCCGGGUCUCGUUCCUUGUAUACGCUACUAAAUAGGUAUAACGUUCCAAUAGUGAAAAGUGUGGAUUAUUAAUUGCGUUACUUCUAAUACUAACCGAACGGUAGCAAGUAUAUCGGAAGCUAGUGCGACUUGAGUGCACGACCUUCUGUGAGGUUUAAAAUAAUGCUAAUAACCGAAAAUAUUAAUAUCCAUGGAUUUUUACCGUCCGUUCUAAAUGUCUUCGAAGCGCAUAGUUGUAUAUAAUUACUUAAGCGCAUAGUUCCAGGACUCGUCCACGCUCCUGGAUGCAAAGUCAAUAAACUAGUUAAGUAUGCGUGGUCAUGUUCGUCUCGAUUUUCUGGUCUGUGGACUACGAUUGGUUAUCCAAGACGUACCGGCUUGAGCUCUCAAGAUAGUUAAUGCAUCUUGAUUUCCUUCUAGAUUUUUUAACAAUGGCAGAGGUGCAGGAAGGCUUCAUUGCUCAGGACAUAGCUGGGUUCCAAGGCACCAUGCACAUAAUCAUAGCAAAGUCGAUGAGUGAUGAAUUUCCAAAUAUAGCAGAAUGUCAUUUGGUGGACGAUCUGAUAGCCUUCGCGAGGUAUAUCUUCCCUCGCAAGAGCUCCAUGAUACAGCUGCGCGAGAUGAUUAGGAAGGACCUAAGACAUGACACAAUCGAAGCUUUCUCCAUUGCCCUAGGCAAGUACAUGCUCAGGAUCUACCCCGACUUCUGCGACAAGUAUUGCAAUGAUGAGCAGAGUUCUGCCCGAAACUCGUUGUUCCUUCAGGAUAUUUACUUUGCAUUGAAGUUUUUGCUAAUGGAGUACGUUACGUGGGACGAGUGCAAUACAGUCAACGAGGCUGGCAAAGAAGUUCUGAAGGCAACCGCCAAAAAGUUCAACGAAUAUACUCAAACUCUGAAGGUAAUGAUCGGCCGUAUCACAGAUGGCGAAGACAGGUACCGCAUGAGGGUAUCGACUGACGCGCAUCGCCUAGCACUGUUGAACAGGCUUUUGGAUGACGAAGAUGGCUCACUUGUCAAAGAAGUUCUUAUGGAAGACUUCUACAGCAAGUGUGCGCCCAAGGUCAUUUGGGAGAAGAUCGACGCUGUGCGUGAUGUACAAGAAUUCUACCGAAACAACCCUGAAGGCGAACUGUGCGGCCACUGCCUUGAUGUCCACUUUGACGAGGCCCACGACUUUGCCUUCACCGACGUGUGUUGGGACCUCUACUGCAUUCCUUGCAUGCACAUUGUCGCACACUCGGUUGAUGGAAUAUGCACAAAUUUCCAUUGCAAUGGAAGCAUCUCCUACUUCAUGACGCGCACCAACUUCCACAAGUACAGAGAGGAAGUGGACAAUGGAGUCUUGUCCCCAUACGAAGUUCCGCCCAUUGAGCCUGAAGUUCCUUAACUGGAUUUUCGAAUUAGGUUUUAUUUCUUUUAUUCGGUGCAGUUGAACGUUGAAUAAAUUUGUGAGAAAUUGCCAAUAUUGUAGAUCAUCCUUGUCGACUGUGAUUGGCAUAGGCCUUACAAAUACUGGCAACAAAAUUUGUUGGCUUCUCUGCCAUUACAAAUAGUCAGGCAUUCCUUCUUUGCUUAACUGAUAAGCAUGCUAUUCUGAGCUACUCCUCCCAGCAUGUUGCUGGAAUUUUU